GGUAUUAAUCAGACGAACGAAAAUAUAAAUUAACAAUAAAUCCUUGGUAAAAUUUGGACUUCUGUGUAGGCUAUACCUUAUUGAAGAGAAUAAAUAGUCCUAAUGUUGUUUCUGAACGCUGUUGGAACGGCCUAAAUUGCAUUGUUUCUUGAUUCAAGCAGCUGGGUCCUCCAAUGAUGGAGUGAAUAAGAAAUAACUUUUUUUUCACAGUGAGUCAAAUAUUGAAUAAUUCGAACGCAAGCCAAAAUGGCUCCUAGAAUCGCCCUGCUGAUGGACCAGCCAACGUUGGUGUACUUUCCUGGCCAGACCAUCACAGGACACGUCCAGGUCCAGCACAAAAGCAAGAUCAAGUGCAAAACUCUCUCCAUCGGCUUCAUUGGCACGGCGGCUGUUUCGUUCUCAACUAGCGAGACGACGCGUGACCACAAUGGCAAGCAUACUACCCACCAUCGUACUCACUCUGCACAGGAGCGCUACUAUGAGAGUCAAAUGCAGCUUUGGGCAGAUCCGUCUCAAGAAAUGGCGCCGGGACCCACCAAAUAUCCAUUCAGUUUUUUACUGCCAAUCAACAUUCCACCUUCUUUCGUUGGCGCGCAUGGUAAAGUGAUGCAUGAGAUGACAAUCAAGCUCGAGUCCACAAAAAUGUUCAAAGAUAUUAAACUGACACAGCCAUACAGCGUCAACUCUUUGGUUGAUCUCAACCUCAAUCCAACUGCUAGGAUGACGCAGCAGCAGCACCAAGAGAAAGCACUCUGCUGCUGGUGCUGCAAGAGCGGACCUCUCAGCGUGAUGGUUCACCUCAACAAGACCGGAUACGUCCCUGGCGAGUCUAUUCUUAUCGACGCAGAAAUUGAAAACAAUACCAAAUCGAAAAUUACAGCUUGCAGGGCAAAACUUCGAAUGAACGUGUGCUACAAAGCUGAUUUGCGGAUGCAGAUCGAGAGCAGAACCCUGAGCAAGAUAACCAAGCCUCAAGUGACCGAAGUUUCGGAACUCUCAUGGAACAGCGAGAAGAUUCAGAUCCCACCAACACCUGCUUCCCCGCUUCCCUUCUGUAACAUCAUUGACAUCGAAUACCAAAUGAAGUUCUUCGUGAGUCUGCAGGGAAUAAAUCCUGCCGUGGAAAUGACCUUCCCCAUAACGGUGGGUACCAUCCCAACGGUAGACGCCUUCCCCGUCGCAACAAUCCCUUCGAUGGCCAUGAAUUUCCCGUACCCUCCGGGAGGUGGGCAGCCGUCGACCUCAGCUGCAGGAGGUUUCGCUACCAUGCCUGGGCUGGAACAGUAUCCGCAGAUACCUCCGCCGACAUACCAACAAGCGAUGGCGACCAGUGAUCAUGUGCAGUCUAGUGGCGGCCAGUCGGCCCCAUACAAGGUCGACCCUGAAGACAACAUGGCUCCAUCGGCACCCCCAGCUAACUUCACGCCAUACUACGUGUCCUAUAACUUCCAGGACACUUCGCAGCCUCAGUACCUUGGAGCCGGUGAGCCAGAGAAGAAAAACCUGCCAUGAUGAAGUAACUUUGUAAGUAACGCUGUCUAUGAGCCGACGAGUUCAUCAGCAGCUCUGAUAACGAGUUAUGCGAUCGCCAUGCGAAGUAGGAGGCUGUGGCUGCAUUGCUGAGGAAGCCACCACUGUACAAUCAAGUGACUGUAUGGAGAAUAGUUUUAAAGUUUUGUGAAUGUGCUAAUGCAAGAAUAUAUCAAACUGUUGUUCUAAUUGUACUCGUAUUCGUUUUGAUUGUGUUCAAAUACGACUGUUUUUGCACAAUUAAACCGUGCAAAAUUGUGUUUAUAACAUUUACUUUACAAUAUAAAUGAGUUUGUGUUCGCAUAACUGUUCACAUGGACUACUUAUAAGGAAAUACGGUUAGAUGUGGCUAAGCUAGAUAUGUGAUUAUGAUCCUACUUGAACAUUAUACGGUGGCAAUGGACUUACGGUGGUAAAAUGUGUGGUAAAAUAUGAUCAUUAUCAUAUCCCGAUAGACUGUAACAUAAUAAUUUUUAUUUUACGACUCUAUAAAAAUAACAGCGUUUAGGUCGUGAAAAUGUGUUAUUACAGAAAUGACGCGUAACUCCCUAGCUUUUCCUGGAGUUCUCCACCAUUUUUUCGCAGAAUAGUUCUUUGAUGUAUGUUUGCUCUAAAGUUCAUCGAUAUUUUAGCUCAAGUUUUUUAUUCGCAUACAAUGUUAUACGAAUGAUAUCGCCGUGUUCAAAGGAUGAGUGAGUUCGGGUAACCUUCGGAGAAAAACUAAAUUUAGACCGAUGAAGUACCGCAAAAGAGGUUAGAAAGAAAUUUGGGUAAUCGGAUGGAAUAUGCCGUGAAUUUUUUUAAUUAUUUCUAUGCACCGGCAUGCGGAACCAUCUCAGUCAUACUAGUGCUUCAUCAUCAGAGUUAUUUAUUUGUUUCGUGCGCCCGUGUGAAAGUGGCCUUAAUAGUUAGACGAUGUGCACUAUAUUUUUUGUUUCAAAUUAAGGAUAAUGAAAUGGUGCUAUAUCCAUUAAAUCAAACCUUGUCUUAUCGACGCUUACUGUUUUUAUCGUCCUUGAUUUAGAAAUCGAUAGGUUCUUAAUUUUACUUAGCCUUUUUAUCUGGCUAUUUACUCUUUAUAAUCUCUCCCGUUGAGGAUGUCUUCUAUAGGAUUAGCGUCUUGACGAAUUGAGAGAUACCGAAUUCAAUAAUUAUAUUUUUAUUUUAUUAUUUUUUUGACGUAAAGUGCAUACCACCACAACGUUGUAAAUGCUGUUCAAUACAACUGAGGACAUUAUGAGUUUGAAUAAAAAAUCGUUAUUACUUCUUACAUCUUGGGAUUUAAAGUUAUACUGUUUUUCCUAGGCAGCUCUCUGCUCAGAGUUCACUAGUUUAAUUGGCUUCCUUUUGAUGGUAUACAAGGGCACUUCUUCUGAACGUAUAUUUAUUAUAUAGGCCUAGUUUAGUUAAAGUGAGUAAUUGUUCUUAGAUGUGCUUUGUGAAAGGAUUAUUUGCUAGGAAACGCAAGUAAAUUUUCAAAUAUCCUCCUUUAAUUUAUGAGUUUGUGCUGCAUAGUCAAAUAUUCUAUUUUGUUCGGUAAGUUAGGGAUUUCGACCGUGCCUUGUAAUCCUUUCCGUAGUUUCAGAGCUUCUUUAAUCCCCCGUUGUGCACUAUUACAAUUAGAUUAGUUUCAUGCAAAUUGCGUCAUCGGGGCUGAAAUUUGUUAGGAUCUAUUAUCUAUGUACUGCCGUGAUGAGGGAUCUAAAUACAUAUUUUUAAAUUGCA